CCGUCAGUUAUUUGUUUUUUGCGAUACAGUGCUGUUGUUCGUACGUUACGUGUUGUUAUUUUGUGCAUUGUAUUGAAAUAACGAAGUGAAGUGAACCCGUUUGCUUACUUUGUGAUACGAAUUUAUGCAGUCAAUAUGUUGGUCGGACCACAAAAAUCUAAAGUCAGUGAGAACAAAUAUGCCAAACCAUACUGUCAGUGUUUCAAGAAACGUGAACCAGUGCCAUGGAAGCAGAUGAACCCCUGCUCAUGUGGAGAGGACGUUGAAGUACGCGAAUGGAAAUGGCAACAGCCCGAAGAGAGCCAGAGUUGGGUCGUGUUCGAAGACAACCAGAAGCAAGUCACGUUCCACCCCUUCUACAGUUCCGGUACAGCUGCGGUGCGAGGGGACACAGCUUUCAGCAGGGACCAUCAUUAUUACUGGGAAAUCAAGAUGCUAACAGACACAUAUGGCACUGAUAUUAUGGUAGGCAUCGGCACCGACAAAGUCAACAUCGCCGACAAUCGCUUCAGAUUCACGUCUCUCCUCGGCGAGGACGAGCAUUCCUACGGCCUGUCGUACAAAGGCGCCGUGCGACACGACGCGAAGAAGGCCGACAGUCCGGGCUUCUGUCGCGGCUCCAUAGUGGGCGUGCGCGUCGAUAUGUGGCAGGGCACGCUGGAGUUCUACCUCAACAGGAAGCCACAAGGCAUAUCCUUCUACAACCUCCGCCGCCACCAAAACCUGUUCCCCAUGGUGUGUUCUACCGCGGCGCAGUCAACCAUGCGACUGAUAUACGCGGCGUCCUGGCGGGCGUCGUUACUGGUCGACGCGGCGAAAAUACUGUCAGCGUCAGUCAGUGAGGAAGAACGAGCGAGAAUACCGCCGGGGCUAUGGAGGCUGCUGAGGCCGCAUUUCUGGAUGCUGAUGCCUACUGAAGAUUGCCUUCCCGACGCAUCUCAACAAGAGUCUCCCAUGGACUUUGAGGAAGUCAGCGAUAGCGUGCUGAGCGCACUAUUCCCAAGCCCGUACAUGAACGGGUUCUACGUGGACAGCGUGCAGCCCGGCUACCGUCUCGUCGUGUGGGAGGACACCGGCAUCGUCAACUGAUAAGACCCUAGA